AUGUCAGAAAAUGGCGUCAAGUGCUCAGCGACCAUCUCACAGAACGUACUGUUCUUUGCUGUUGUGGUAGGUGCGCUUUAUGUGACCGGUUUUUUAUCAAACUGUGCUCAGGUCGUUGAGAUUCUGGUCAUAGUGCCCUCCACCGUGUUCACCAUCUUCAAUGUGUUCGCCUCAAACGAAGACCACUACAAAUCAUAUCAUCCGGAGCUGUCGGGAAUUGUCGGAUUCCAUUUUCUGCUUCCCAUUUUUGUAUAUCAGGUUGGUGUACUUUCACUGCACCGCGCGUGUUCGUUCAAUUCGAUUCUAUUUUAUCCGACAGCUGUCUCAAUAUGGCGGCCAAGUAUGAGUGACAAUGAAAACAAAGCGCAUACCAUCAUCUGUUUUUCUCUCCCGCAAUAUAUUUUGAAAUCGGACACUACGAAAUCGGAGAUAUUUUGGCGCUGGUCACCCACCACUUCCUUAAAGAUGGGAGGAGAGGGGGGGGAGGGUCUGGUGUGUCAAAAAUCUUGGAUGAGGGGAAGAGUGGAGAGCAUAAAAAAAGAGAAAAUAAGAUUGAACGUAGUGAAAACAGGGAAUAAGAAAAACGUAUUUUAAAAGUCUGGCAAAUCGUGAAAUUUUGAAGGUUUUAGAGUAAUUCUGAUGGAGCUAUUCUAACACUUGAAAAACUUAUUUCUUUUUUUCAAAAUUUGCAUGUUUACAGAUCGUCUGGAUCGUCGCGAAUAUUGUCUCAAUCUUCGCCGUCCACACAUCCACUCACUACAUCUUCCUCGUCACAAUCCUUGCUCCAAUAAUAGGACUUAUUGUGAGCACUGUGAUCCUUGUGCCGACAGGUAACAGUUUUGACACUUCCGUGCCGACAAUUUGGUUUAGUGAACUAUAUCAUCACACACAACUUUGACGCAAACCCCUACUUUUUGGCGUUUGGAUGUGGACUUGCGGUUUUUGUAAUCCUCCUCAUCCUUUUCAUCAUUGCCCGAUUUCGAACCCUCCGUAAACUGAUCAAGAAGAACAAGGUAAGCAUCUUAUUUAUCAAUACAAAUCUUCGAAAAAUAACUUUUUUUCCAGGUAGUUCAAACCACCCAUGAAAAGAAUCCGGAAGACCCGAUACCGGCAGUCAUCGCCGAGCCAGAGCCCGUGCGAAUCAAGGACCCGGAUGAGAUCAGUGUGUCCUUCAGCCGUCGGUCGACCAUGAGCAUGAAUGACGAGCUCUACCUCCCUCCGCCACGUCGUUGA